GAUUUAAAAAAUGUAGGCUACAACAAUCAAUAGUUCCUGAUACGCGUCAUUCCUUCUGUACCAGUGCACAGGUAAGAUCUGUAGGUAUCAUCAGUGUUUCUAUAGGACUUGGUUCAGGAUACAAACUAAAGCCUUACCGCUCUGUGACAAAACAACACCGGACAUAUUUGUGGAUAUAUAUAUAUUAUACACAUUCUAGUUAUCUGCUGGAAGAAAUUCAAAUAAAAGAAAAGGUUUUUUAUAAUUUGGAAAAUACAAUAUACAAUAAAAUCUGAUAUCAAUGCCAAUAUUCGCAUGGAUUAACUUUUUUAAUGUUGCUAUUGUGACAUCAGAAUCUGAGUGAUGACGAAAACGACGAUUGAAAAGUUCAGUACAGAAGGACAAAGUUCUCUAAUCAUGUUGUAUUCAACGUCUACAGAAAGCUCGGCUCGUUGGCAACUAUUAGCCUAAUAACUGGUGCCGUCUCCCUGCUCUAUGCUUCACUUUUGAGAUACCAGUUCUUGAAGUAGUCCAAACAUGGCGGUAUAUCACGACCCUGACCUUCGUAUUCCCAGACGGCGUUUAGCACCUCAUCGCAUAUAUCACUUCAAUGUGAUCUAUAACCAUGGCACCGGAAGUGACACGGGUGAUCAGACGUCAGACAUGGAACUGGCACUGCGUGUCACGCGGGCACUGGUGUCCAGGCUUGAGAUGAAAGGUUACGUUAACAGUUACUAUCACCAUCGUGACUUUCGACGUCCUAACAGAAUGGAGGCCGAACUGGAUCGAGUAAUGCGUGGUUCCUCCGUCACUGUCCUGAUCCUGACACCGGACUUUCUGCCCAAGUGUCGACAACUUUAUUUGCGCUCCGGCCUCUUUUCCCGCUUGAUCGGCGAGCCGCGAACAAGGAGACGUCUGCUAAACCUGAGCGUCGGAGUGAGCAGAAGUCAAGUGCCGCCUGAACUGACACCGGACGAUGUCCUCUACUUCGGCUGUGACUGGGAGCUGGACAUUCCUGUAUGGGAUAGGAUUGAGGACAUUGUUGAGACCAUCUCGAACUGCUCUUACGAUCAUCUAAGGGAGGACCACCACACAUACGACGACGUGAAUGUGACAUCUGCAGACUUCAGCGCCGACUAUCGUUUCCCUUCGUACAAAACAUCUACCAGCCCAUGUGGUGGUGAUAACUACUUGGGUGAAGACCAGACAUGGCGAACGUCUGUAGACACAUCAACAGGCUUUGUACCACUGGACAUAGAAAAUGACAGUUUGGAAUGUGAAGAUAUUCGGAAAGAAGAUUACUUUGCCAGGUCGCCAUCUUUAAGUGUAUCACGUGAUGAGCUGAACCAAUGGUGUUACGGUAAAGGCAAUCAAUCUAUGGCAAAAACAUUUAGUGACGAAAGAAGUAAAAUAAUUGGAUCCAGUGAUGUCUGGCCGCCAGUGUCACGUGUUUACGAUAUUCAUGGUACUGUAGAAAUCUUAGAUUGCUCACACUCAGAAAAGUCAACAAAACAUGGCUAUAAAACAUUGGAACAGAGACUCAACCGUAUAUCAGACUGCUUGUGCUCGUGUUGUAUAGAAACUGACCUUGAACCUUCGAUAAGAGACGAAAAUGUGAAGUCACGUGAUAUUAACGCGUGCCAUAAACAAUCCUACAGAAAUCAUAGUCAUACCAGACAGAGAUAUAAAUAUGAAUUCACAGAAGGUUUAUCGUCCGAAUGGUCAGCUUGUAAGGAAACUUUGCAUACAACUGACAACGACUUCAAUCGGUCAAGUUUCAAAAGUCCGUCCGCAGACAAUUCUAAACUUGGACACAGCAAACAAAGAACUCAUGAAGCAGAUUUGGAACACACAGGUAACUUGGAGGAAGAGCUUAACCGAUGGACAUCAGCUGACAAGUGGACAAAAUGGACACAAGACCUAACCAAAGAGACAUCCCCCAUUACGUUGUCAACAGAGAAGCCAACAGUUGAUUUCAAUAAUCCCAUUUCACCACAAACUGCAGAAAAGAAAACGUAUUCUGGAAAAAAUUAUGAAACAAUGCAUUUAUUUCAUUCAACUUUCAAUGUGGAAAGAACCCACGAUAAGAACAACACAAAUAAAUCAAGUACACAUUUAAUAGACUCGACGUUUGAAACAUCUUUACCAUCUGAAACAGACAGACUACACACAGAUACAGAAUAUAGUUUAUACGAAAGCAGUUAUACAUCUAGUUAUAAUAAACAAUUCCUGAAUAGAAGAACUUGUGACAGUUUUAACAUUUCAUCAUUGGACUCUCAAUUGGGAUUAAAGGAAAGUAUCAGAUCAUCUUUACUUUUCAAAGACUUGAACUUAGACAGUACAGCACCGGUUCCUCCUCGGGGCAUCAUUACGCCGUCUAAAUUUAGGUUAUUUGAACCAGCUACUGCACUCCGAUAUGAGCAGCAGACGACCAGAGGAUUUGAAGAUAGUUGCUAUAACAACAGAUCAUGCAGCUCAGCGCGUGACCCUGCACGUGCAUCAGCAGGCAAAUAUAGAGAGGGAAGAGUUCCAAUUUUAAGGGGCACUAAUUCAGUAAGACUCAGCGGAGUGGUGUCGCAUGUUGGAGAUAGCCAAUACAAAACUGACUAUCAACAAGAUAAAUAUAACUCUCCCUUGUCAGACAGUCGUAUACACGAGCCUAGCCAAUCAGCGUUGUCUGAAGCAAACUGGUCAAGCCAAAGUCCACAUUAUCUGUUUAGAGAGUUCAAAAACGCAGACUGGACCAGACACCACAAUCAACCAUCUGACUCUUCAAAUAGUCAAGGAUAUUUACCAUUCAGUUCUACUGAUACUUUACCAAACAGAUACCAUGACUAUUCCUUCAAUGACUUUUAUGAAACGUAUAAGGAGUUCCAAGUUCCCAAUAGAAAUGUAGGAACAUUGCCUGCCACACAGAAAACGCAGUCCCACGACCAUCAUUACUCAACAAAAAGCGACGAUGUAGUCGAAAGUAAAGGAACAUCCCAAAAGGCAUGGCUAGACUCUGACAAUAUCUCGAUGAAUAACAGAGUACCACGUCCAAACAGUUCUAAAACAUUUACAUUAGAAAAUCUGGGAGACCUAGAUACAGGUUCUAGACUAUGGGAUAACGUCGACACAACAUUUGAAAGAAAACAUAGCUUUACAACGGAUUAUGAAAACCAAGGUUUAAAAGAAGAUGAACCAAUGUUUUCAGAACGUGAAUUUAAUGAAAACGGUAAAUUUAUUGCAGAGGCUACGACAUCUUUAACAUCUCCAAAGUCACGUGAUUUCCAUGAAAAUAAGACUUUUGUGGGUUGGACAGACACAGACUUUACUGAAGGGGACAAAUUUUCUCUGUACGAAUCGGAAGACAGAGUCACGUGGCCUAGUCGCCAUCUUUCCAACCCUGCUCUAGGACUUUGGCAAGCUGACAAAAGCCUGACUCAAAUGCAUGGAGAUAAAACUAAAAGAGACACUGGAAUCACCUACAGAAUUUGUGAAGAGACAUCUCCUCAGAUUUCCACAGUAAAUAGUUCAUCAGCUGCUCUCAGCAAAUCUGAGCCUACUCCUCAAUGUGAAAACAAAACGUAUUCAGAGACGGAACUGCAUCAUCGUGGUAUCAUGCAAUGCUUGCAGACAAACCCUGACCACAGAGAUGAGAACACAGACUUCCAUUUUGUCAUCGAAAAUAAUCCACUGUCGUUUCCCAAUAGCCAAGAUAGUUACUGGACAUUGGAACAGUCGCAAGGCAGCUCCCAACUUCCCAGAAUAGAAUCCCCAAAGCACCAAUACCCAUGCCAACAUGACAGUUCAACCGCAAGACAGUCAGACCAUGCAAAGGCCAACAAACCCAUGGAAAACAUUGUCGCUUCUAACAUAUCACAGGAAAUGCAACUGGAGCAUUUUCUAAAAACGCUAUCUCUUCCAAUCACUUACAAGCAAGGGCUAGAUCAAACAAAUUCUAAUCAGAAAAGUCACGACAACUAUCAAUUGAAUUUUACACAGUUUGGAAUCGAUUCAAUUAUUCUCGACAACACAUGUAAACAUUUAGCCUCAACCCAGAUCGAAUCUACAACCAAUGAAGCAUUGGACCCUGACAAUAAAAUUCAAACACUACUCGAUUCCAAUAAUGGGCUUCCAUUGUCUCGAGACAAUCCUAAUUGUACCUAUUCAGCGCACGCAGAAGGAACAGAUCUUGAAUCUGAAAUCAAUACAGUCGAUAUUGGCGAUGUCGAACACGGUUCAAUGAGCCCUGUCCCCCCAGGAAAUGAUUUCCAUGUAAAAAUGAACCGGAAAGAAUGGUCCAGGCCGACCACUGAAUCGACAUUUAAUAAUGAAGCACAUCAAAACAAGGACAAUUUCAUAGGCAAACAGAAGACCACAGAAAGUAACCUAUCAUGUUUCAAAGACACGUCAAUGACAUCGACGGAUAUAAUUUCAGAAAAAGAUAGCGAGGUCUGCAGGGAAGAAAUAAUUGACACAAUCAAAGCUAAUCCACAUAUUAAUAUUGAUGACACACCUCUGGGUUUAAGUCACUCUAUAAACCACCAAGCAGAAUUAGAAACUGUGAAGGAAGUGUCUCAGCAUACUUCAAUGUCCAAACAGUUAACGGAAGUCAUGACACACGAUGUAGAACUAGGAAGCAGACGAGAGUCCGUGUCCACUGAAGCGAUCCACUGUGACGUGUCCACGGAACAACAUGACAUAGAUAGAACGAACAUUGCAGAAACUACCCAUCAUGCGUUGAAAGAGAACCAAGAACUUGAUAAAAGUAAACAGACUUUAGAGAGAUCUCAUCAUGAUGGUACGAUCUUAGAACACUUCAAUCACGGGACGACGUUACCUCGCUAUAACGGAAGGGAAGAGCUGGCAGUGGAAAACAUCAAUCAUGACUAUUUAAUAUCAGAAAACAGCAAAACUGAGUCUUCGAAAUGUAACAUUCGUGACAAUUUGACAACAAAAGAGCGAAAGUGUGACAUUUUGACAACAAAAGAGAGAAAGUGUGACAUUUCGACAACAAAAGAGAGAAAGUGUGACAUUUCGACAACAAAAGAGAGAAAGUGUGACAUUUUGACAACAAAAGACUACAUUCUUGACAAUUUGACAAGAGAAGAGAGAAACGAUAAUUUGGCAACAGAAGACAGCGCACGUGACAAACUGACACCAAAGGAAAGGAGUCAUGACUUUGUGACUUCUACAAAUAACAUUGCGAUACCAGAUGAGAGCAAUGGUCAUCGUGUCAGACUAGAAGACAUCAGUUAUGACAUUCUCUUAUCAGAAGACAAGAUUCUUGAUAAGGUGAUUAGAAGAGAGAGCAAUCAUGAUUAUGCAAUCACAGAAAUCAGACAAGAGACUCCGACAAAUAACAACACAAGCACUGCCACUAAGUCUCUACAAAAUAGAAAAAGUGGAAUUGUGACAGAUGAACACAUCAGUCAUGGCGAUGUGUCAAAUGAACACACCAGUCAUAGCGUUGUCACACCAAGUGUUAGAUCUAGUAUAACUAUGACAUUACAACAGCAAACAGAGCGUAGUGAACCCAUUGUUGAAGCAACUGGGCAGAUCAGUGACCUUUUCAACUUGGUUGAAACUCAAAAUAUCAACACAGAAACCACACUUAGUGAAGGGACAGAAAACAAAACACGUGAAAUAAAUGUAGACAUAAAAAACUUGGAUCAGGAACGCGGUAAAACAAAAAACGCAUUUCAAAACUUAGUUCUGGUACAAACAAUACUUUUAGAUGGUUUAGAAAGCAUACACUUAACUAAACUAGUUAGUGAUACUGAUGAAUCAUUUCGUCUAUUAAACUAUGAAGAAAUGGACCAUACUAGGUCUAAUACUAACAACGAAGCAGCUCAAAAUAAAGGUCAGAAAACUGGACAAACAAGACAAGAGGGUCUCAUCCAUGACGGCCUCUACCAUAUUACUUCUGGAGAGAAAGAAAUGAACGUUAGCAGUUUAAAGGAAGAAGACUUUAUCCUUGAUACUCGGGAAGAUGAGGAGUUGCAAGCAAGGAGUCAGGGCAGUGAACAAAUGAACAGACAAAGUGCUCACGUAGGCGAAGUUAACAAAAACAGACGCAAAGAGGAGGCAUUGAAUCAAAGUACGCUUCAUAAUGUUGAGUUCACUGGCAGUGAUAAACAUACAGAGACUAAACAGGGUGGUCAGAAAAAGGAAGAGAUUAACCAGGACAAUCUCAAGGAAAAUGAAAUUAAUCAGGAUAAUCUCAAGGAAAAUGAAAUAAAUCAUGAUAAUCUCAAGGGAAAUGAAAUUAACCAGGAUAAACUCAAGGAAAAUGAAAUUAAUCAGUAUGAUCUCAAGAAAAAUGAAAUUAAUCAGGAUAAUCUCAACGAAAAUGAAAUAAAUCAUGAUAAUCUCAAGGGAAAUGAAAUUAAUCAGUAUGAUCUCAAGAAAAAUGAAAUUAAUCAGGAUAAUCUCAAGGAAAAUAAAAUUAAUCUGGAUAAUCUCAGAAAUAUUGAAAUUAACAAGGAUAAUUUAAAAAUCAAAGAACACAACCAUAAUGAUAAAAAAGAUGAAGUCAUUCACCAGAAUAGCCUUAAAGAUGAAGAAAUAAAUGAGGAUAGUCUAAAAGAGGAUGAAAUUGAUUACAAAAAUAGACUAACUGACAAAGUAAUUUACCAGGGUGAAAAAAAUCAUGAUAGUGUCACAGAUGAAAAUAUUCAACAUGACAAAAUCACAAAUGAAAACAUUCAACAUGACAGUAUCGAAGAUGAAAAUAUUCAACAUGUCAGUGCCUUAGAUGAAAUUAUUCAACAAGACAGUGUCAGAGAUGAAAAUAUUCAACAUAACAGUAUCAAGGAUAAAAAUAUUCAACAUGACAGUAUCACGGAUGAAAAUGUUCAACAUGAAAGUGUCACAGAUGAAAAUAUUCAACAUGACAAUACCACAGAUGAAAAUAUUCAACAUGACAGUCCCACAGAUGAAAAUAUUCAACAUGACAGUUCCACAGAUGAAAAUAUUCAACAUGACAGUGCCACAGAUGAAAAUAUUCAACAUGACAGUAUCAUAGAUGAAAAUAUUCAACAUUACAGUGUCACAGAUGAAAAUAUUCAACAUGAUAGUGCCACAGAUGAAAAUAUUCAACAUGACAGAGCCACAGAUGAAAAUAUUCAACAUGAUAGUGCCACAGAUGAAAAUAUUCAACAUGACAGAGCCACAGAUGAAAAUAUUCAGCACGACAGUAUCAUAGAUGAAAAUAUUCAACAUUACAGUGUCACAAAUGAAAAUAUUCAACAUGAUAGUGCCACAGAUGAAAAUAUUCAACAUGACAGAGCCACAGAUGAAAAUAUUCAACAUGAUAGUGCCACAGAUGAAAAUAUUCAACAUGACAGAGCCACAGAUAAAAAUAUUCAACAUGACAGUAUCACAGAUCAAAAUAUUCAGCAUGAAUGUGUCACAGAUGAAAAUAUUCAACAUCAGAGUGCAACAGAUGAAAAUAUUCAACAUGACAGUGCCACAGAUGAAAAUAUUCAACAUGACAGUGCCACAGAUGAAAAUAUUCAACAUGACAGUGCCACAGAUGAAAAUAUUCAACAUGACAAUACCACAGAUGAAAAUAUUCAACAUGACAGUUCCACAGAUGAAAAUUUUCAACAUGACAAUACCACAGAUGAAAAUAUUCAACAUGACAGUAUCACAGAUGAAAAUAUUCAACGUGACAGAGCCACAGAUGAAAAUGUUCAACAUGACAGUGUCACAGAUGAAAAUAUUCAACAUGACAGUAUCACAGAUGAAAAUAUUCAACAUGACAGUAUCACGGAUGAAAAUGUUCAACAUGAAAGUGUCACAGAUGAAAAUAUUCAACAUCACAGUGCCACAGAUGAAAAUGUUCAACAUCAGAGUGCAACAGAUGAAAAUAUUCAACAUGACAGUGCCACAGAUGAAAAUAUUCAACAUGACAGUGCCACAGAUGAAAAUAUUCAACAUGACAGUGCCACAGAUGAAAAUAUUCAACAUGACAGUGCCACAGAUGAAAAUAUUCAACAUGACAGUUCCACAGAUGAAAAUAUUCAACAUGACAGUUCCACAGAUGAAAAUAUUCAACAUGACAGUAUCACAGAUGAAAAUAUUCAAUGUGACAGAGCCACAGAUGAAAAUGUUCAACAUGACAGUGUCACAGAUGAAAAUAUUCAACAUGACAGUAUCACAGAUGAAAAUAUUCAACAUGACAGUAUCACGGAUGAAAAUGUUCAACAUGAAAGUGUCACAGAUGAAAAUAUUCAACAUCACAGUGCCACAGAUGAAAAUGUUCAACAUGAAAGUGUCACAGAUGAAAAUAUUCAACAUGACAAUACCACAGAUGAAAAUAUUCAACAUGACAGUCCCACAGAUGAAUUUAUUCAACAUGACAGUUCCACAGAUGAAAAUAUUCAACAUUACAGUGUCACAGAUGAAAAUAUUCAACAUGAUAGUGUCACAGAUGAAAAUAUUCAACAUGACAGAGCCACAGAUGAAAAUAUUCAACAUGAUAGUGCCAAAGAUAAAAAUAUUCAACAUGACAGAGCCACAGAUGAAAAUAUUCAACACGACAGUAUCAUAGAUGAAAAUAUUCAAAAUUACAGUGUCACAGAUGAAAAUAUUCAACAUGAUAGUGCCACAGAUGAAAAUAUUCAACAUGACAGUAUCACAGAUGAAAAUAUUCAACGUGACAGAGCCACAGAUGAAAAUGUUCAACAUGACAGUAUCACAGAUGAAAAUAUUCAACAUGACAGUAUCACAGAUGAAAAUAUUCAACAUGACAGUAUCACAGAUGAAAAUAUUCAACGUGACAGUGUCACAGAUGAAAAUAUUCAACAUGAUAGUAUCACAGAUCAAAAUAUUCAACAUGAAAGUGUCACAGAUGAAAAUAUUCAGCAUGACAGAGCAACAGAUGAAAAUAUUCAACAUGACAGUGCCACAGAUGAAAAUGUUCAACAUGACAGUGCCACAGACGAAAAUAUUCAACAUGACAGUGCCACAGAUGAAAAUAUUCAACAUAACAGUGCCACAGAUGAAAAUAUUAAACAUGAACGUCUUACAGAUCAGAACAUUAAUAAAGUUAGUACAAGUGAAGCACAAGUGGGCUAUGACAAAAGGGCAACUAAAGUUGUUGAUCCAGCGUGUUUUGUAUCAGAAGGUGCACAAACAAACCAAGACAGCCUUGAAAUCAAAGACAAAAACAAUGACCAGGAGAUUGUCAAAGAGGAAACAUUUAAUGAAGAAAUUAAAGAUUCCCAAGUUGAAGAGAAGAUUCUUCAGCAUCAAUAUUUUGAAGAUGAUCAGAAUAUUGAUCUAAAAGUUGGUAAGAAAAUUGUUGAAAUUAAAAAUGCUGAUGGUGACCAGGAAAUUGUGGAAAUUAAAGCAAUUGAUUUUGAUAUUGUUAAAAUUAAUGAUGCAGAAAUUAAUCAAGAAAUUAUUGAAGUUAAAGAUGCAGAAGUUAAUCAAGAAAUUAUUGAAGUUAAAGAUGCAGAAGUUAAUCAAGAAAUUAUUGAAGUUAAAGAUACAGAAGUUAAUCAAGAAAUUAUUGAAGCUAAAGAUGCAGAAAUUAAUCAAGAAAUUAUUCAAGUUAAAGAUGAAGAAGUUAAUCAAGAAAUUAUUGAAGUUAAAGAUCCAGAAGUUAAUCAAGAAAUUAUUGAAGUUAAAGAUCCAGAAGUUAAUCAAGAAAUUAUUGAAGUUAAAGAUGAAGUUAAUCAAGAAAUUAUUGAAGUUAAAGAUCCAGAAGUUAAUCAAGAAAUUAUUGAAGUUAAAGAUGCAGAAGUUAAUCAAGAAAUUAUUGAAGUUAAAGAUGCAGAAGUUAAUCAAGAAAUUAUUGAAGUUAAAGAUGCAGAAGUUAAUCAAGAAAUUAUUGAAGUUAAAGAUCCAGAAGUUAAUCAAGAAAUGAUUGAAGUUAAAGAUGCAGAAGUUAAUCAGGAAAUUAUUGAAGUUAAAGAUGCAGAAGUUAAUCAGGAAAUUAUUGAAGUUAAAGAUCCAGAAGUUAAUCAAGAAAUUAUUGAAGUUAAAGAUGCAGAAGUUAAUCAGGAAAUUAUUGAAGUUAAAGAUGCAGAAGUUGAUCAGGAAAUUAUUGAAGUUAAAGAUGCAGAAGUUAAUCAAGAAAUUAUUGAAGUUAAAGAUCCAGAAGUUAAUCAAGAAAUUAUUGAAGCUAAAGAUGCAGAAAUUAAUCAAGAAAUUAUUCAAGUUAAAGAUGAAGAAGUUAAUCAAGAAAUUAUUGAAGUUAAAGAUCCAGAAGUUAAUCAAGAAAUUAUUGAAGUUAAAGAUCCAGAAGUUAAUCAAGAAAUUAUUGAAGUUAAAGAUCCAGAAAUUAAUCAAGAAAUUAUUGAAGUUAAAGAUGAAGUUAAUCAAGAAAUUAUUGAAGUUAAAGAUGAAGUUAAUCAAGAAAUUAUUGAAGUUAAAGAUCCAGAAGUUAAUCAAGAAAUUAUUGAAGUUAAAGAUGCAGAAGUUAAUCAGGAAAUUAUUGAAGUUAAAGAUGCAGAAGUUAAUCAAGAAAUUAUUGAAGUUAAAGAUGCAGAAGUUAAUCAAGAAAUUAUUGAAGUUAAAGAUCCAGAAGUUAAUCAAGAAAUUAUUGAAGUUAAAGAUCCAGAAGUUAAUCAAGAAAUUAUUGAAGUUAAAGAUGCAGAAGUUAAUCAGGAAAUUAUUGAAGUUAAAGAUGCAGAAGUUAAUCAGGAAAUUAUUGAAGUUAAAGAUCCAGAAGUUAAUCAAGAAAUUAUUGAAGUUAAAGAUGCAGAAGUUAAUCAGGAAAUUAUUGAAGUUAAAGAUGCAGAAGUUGAUCAGGAAAUUAUUGAAGUUAAAGAUGCAGAAGUUAAUCAAGAAAUUAUUGAAGUUAAAGAUCCAGAAGUUAAUCAAGAAAUUAUUGAAGCUAAAGAUGCAGAAAUUAAUCAAGAAAUUAUUCAAGUUAAAGAUGAAGAAGUUAAUCAAGAAAUUAUUGAAGUUAAAGAUCCAGAAGUUAAUCAAGAAAUUAUUGAAGUUAAAGAUCCAGAAGUUAAUCAAGAAAUUAUUGAAGUUAAAGAUCCAGAAAUUAAUCAAGAAAUUAUUGAAGUUAAAGAUGAAGUUAAUCAAGAAAUUAUUGAAGUUAAAGAUGAAGUUAAUCAAGAAAUUAUUGAAGUUAAAGAUCCAGAAGUUAAUCAAGAAAUUAUUGAAGUUAAAGAUGCAGAAGUUAAUCAGGAAAUUAUUGAAGUUAAAGAUGCAGAAGUUAAUCAAGAAAUUAUUGAAGUUAAAGAUGCAGAAGUUAAUCAAGAAAUUAUUGAAGUUAAAGAUCCAGAAGUUAAUCAAGAAAUUAUUGAAGUUAAAGAUCCAGAAGUUAAUCAAGAAAUUAUUGAAGUUAAAGAUGCAGAAGUUAAUCAGGAAAUUAUUGAAGUUAAAGAUGCAGAAGUUUAUCAGGAAAUUAUUGAAGUUAAAGAUGAAGAAGUUAAUCAGGAAAUUAUUGAAGUUAAAGAUGCAGAAGUUAAUAAGGAAAUUAUUGAAAAUAAAGAUCAGGUUAUUAUUGAAAUGAAAAAUGCAGAACAGUAUCAGGUGAUUGAGGUUGACAUUAAAGUUGCAGGUGAUCACAAUACAGUUGAAAUCAAAGAUGAAGACAUUAAUCACAAUGAAAACUUUGAACAGAACCAUACUACAAAAACAAGCAUUAAUCAAAAUGAUGAAACAAAAGUAAUUAACAAAGACAGCACAAAUUUAGAACAAAUUCAAGGUAUUUCUAUACAUGACAAAUUGAACCAGAAUUAUCUGACAGUAGAAGAAACUACUCAAGAAAUUUCUAUGACGAAGUUCACUAGCAGUUCACAUCUACCACAAGAAGACAAUAAUUACCAGAACUUUAUAUCAGAAACUAUGUAUCAAGAAAUAGAUGCCACUGACAAAGUAGAAGUCAUGAUAAGCCAGGAGAAUGACAUUUUAAAAGACAUGACACAUUGUGAGAAUGAUAUGGUAGAUGGAGACAGCCAAUGCUAUUCUGAUGAAAACACUUCUGAAGUUAGAGUUAGUGUUAAUCUGAUUCCUAGUGAAGCUUCAUUAAAUACUGAAGCAACAGCCGCACAAUCAUCAAACAGUUCAGAAGAGCAACUGAAUGUGUGUGAAAAUAUCAUUACUGAGUCUGUGCAAACUUUAACUAGAGAUUGGCAUGAUGCUUCAGAAACAAGGAUGCACCCAAAACAAAACAAAGACAAGACAAAACCUGAUUCUUUGGAAGCUUCUUAUUAUCUAAUGCAAGACCAAAGCAAUAUAGAGACUGGUGCUGUGACAGGCUUAACAGCAGAUACGUUUAUGCAGUUUAAUGCUUCAAUAGAUGACUCACUCUGUGAUUUAAGCCAUAAUUUCAACAUAACAGCACAUAAUUCUGAAGAUAGAGAUACUCCAAGUCAUGUAUCACAAAUAUCUGUUGAGUCUAACAUGCAGGAAUACAGUGAAAACUUGGAUAUUGUUUUCCAAAGUCAUUUAAAGGAACCAAUUUCACUAUCACUGAACAAAGAUACAUUACAAGAAACAAAUGAAUCUAAUUCAUUAUCAGUGAACAAAGAUACAUUACAGGAAACAGAUGAAUCUGAUUCAUUAACAGUGAACAAAGAUGCAUUACAGAAAACAGAUGAAUCUGAUUCACUAUUAAUGAACAAAAGUGCAUUACAAGAAACAGAUGAAUCUGAUUCACUAUCACUGAACCAAGAUACAUUACAGGAAACAAAGGCCAUCUUAGAGGAGAAGAACAUUAAAAAAACCUCCUCACUAGAAGAAUUUGAAACACAGUUUAAAUCAUUUCAUAAUGAACAAAAGAUUCUAUAUGAUAAACAAAGUCAAACUGAUCCAAACACUGAAAUAACUCAAACAAAAACGGAGAGAGAGAGCUCCACCCAGACUGAUCCAGCUGAUGGCUUUGCAGAUGAAAACCAGUUGGAUCAUUUGGCUGUUUCUUCAUUCUGGCCCAGUCAGGGACCACUCUCCCCAGAAACAUUACAGCUGGACAACAUUGAUGGGAAUGCAGACCAACGGUCUGACAAAGACAAUGCAGGUCUUGAUGCUGUCUCAUACACAUCUAGUGGAGUAGAUGAAGAUGUGUGUGCAGGAAAUGCACAAGAAACCAAUCAAAAUGACUCAACUGAAAAGUGCAGAGCAACAAAUUGGAUUUUACCAGUUUAUAGAGGGGUGUGUCAUUCAGUCACUCAUCCAGAGAUGCCUUUUAUGGGAUAAAUUAAGAAAUCCUCUGUCUUUUUUUUUGGAUACAACAGGAAUGUAGACAUCUCAUCAAGAACACUGGUACUUUUGGCUAAGACUAAGACUGCUUUAUUGAUCCAUAUUGGAAAUGUACUGUGAUUUAUAGACACCCUGUCAAGAACAUUGGCACAGACAAGUUCAAAUGCAGUUUUAUAUUACACUUGAACUGAUACUCUAAUGACAUUUAAAAUUCAACUUGUUUCAUAACUUCAAUGUUUAUGAUAAAUCUGUUUAGAGCUUUAAUCAACUCAAAAAAGUCCAGUCCUUAGUUCAAUCAUAUUUACACCUUUGUGCUUUUAGUAGUCCCUCAUGCUCUUUGGAUAGUGUUUAGAUUGUCCUGACAGAUGCAUAUUCAAGAGUAGAGAAUGCUUAAAUACUAAUCCUUAUACAUGUAUAUUCCAAUAUAAUGUUUGUCAUGUUGAUAUAUACUCAUGUAACAAUAAAUUGUAAAUAUGUUUAAA